AUGGCUGGAAAGUCCUACCGAGACGCACCGUCGAAGAAGAGCUCCGCCAAGAUCGUGCGUUCAGCCGUGCGACGGAAGUUGGCGUCCGCAGAUCUACGGUAUCCGUCGCGCGUCACCGCCCGACGAUUCGACGACACCAGACGACGGCUGGUGGGUGCGUCAGUCAAUUUCAGGACGCGCCCUCGCAAGUCGACUCCCAAACGACGAGUAUUCCCGACGGAUGAUCGAAGGACGCCCAGCCCAAGAGCCAAGCUGGUCCGGCAGUUGUUGGGGGAAGCCCUCGCGGGUCCGCAGAAGCCCGAGGUCAAGAAGAGUAUGAACAUGCUGGCAGACCUCGCGAAUCCGGGGUAUCCCAAAUCCAAAGCGAAGGCCGCAAAGGGCAUCUAUCGAUGGUCCGCAGAAAGGUCCAAGAGGGCGAACGCCCCGAAAGCUUCCAAGACCGACAUCGCAAAACGGCUGAUGAAAGCAGCAGGGGGGAAGCCAGCUGCAUUAGCAGAGGCCGCGGUGGAGAUGGUCAAGAACGUCGCGACCGCUUCGGCGAAGAAAGUAGAACGAGCGGCAGCCGCUCAGGCCGCCCCGAGGCGCGGGGAACGAUCCCGGAAACAGCCUUCCCGGGUCAAGAAGAUGAAGGAGGUGGUGGACGGCUUCGACAAGUUCUCCUCGGAACGUCUCAAGGGCCUGGAGGAGAGGGACAAGAAGAGGAAAGACAAGGAGACCGCCACGAAGAGCAAGACCAAGAGCAAGCCCCACGCCGCCAAGCGGAGCCCGCGGGCGAAGCACGGCACAUCUCCUGCCCCGGAGCCCCCCGGGACCCCUCCGGCCCGUCCGCAAGCACCCGUGCUCGUGCCGCAGAUCGCCCCCACGCCGAUCCAUCAUCAGCAGGCCAGAGCACCGCCCCGACCGUCUCAGCUCAUCCUGUCCCGAGACCUGGCCCCUCCUCCCCAGCAACAAUCCCCCGGAACCGCCAGCAAGAUCGUGUCGUUCCUCCCCGCAUGA